AAGUACUCGACCAUUCUUUUUAUUGGAGCUAUAAGAUUCUCAUCCUAAAGAGCAAAGAACUUUUAAUUUAGGGCAUUCAUAGUUGCCUUAGAUGAAAAUGGAACCAUUUAGCAUUUGAUGUUUGUAAAAUAUUGCCACAAGUCAAUCUGUUCCAUGUCUGGCAUGAUUUUUUUUUCUUUCUAGAAGAAAAGAGAAAGAAAUGCCAUUUUAUAUACCGGUGGUUUCAUGAAAGUACUUCUGUUGUGAUCAGAAAACUUGCUCACUUUAUAAUUCUAUUAGUUCCAAAAUGAAGAUUAACUUCUUUUUUUUUCUUUCCCAGUUUGCGAUCAUGUACGGUAUUCUUUUUGUUUUAUUAUAAAGAAGAUAGAACAUUAUUUAGUUAUUUGCAGGCCAAAGAAGAUGGUGAUAAACCUGGGCUUGAGGCUAUGUUGCAAAAGGUUUUACAGCUCUAUGCUUCCAAAGUUCUUUCAAAACGUAGCUAUGCAAAGAAAGGUGGGGAGAUUUUGAAGGCUGAAGAGUUCCUUGAGACCAUAAUAAAAGCUCCUGCGGAAGUAUGGAACAAGAUUUUGAUUGACGGAAUGACAGUUGGUAAAGGCGAAAUUUCACCUGAUGAACUCUAUGCAGUCAUUAAGAAAAGAAUUGAGCGCACUUCGAUUCGAACAGAGGGUGGUUCUUACCGGCAGAGAAUUCUUACCGAGUAUAUCAAAGGCAUUCAAUCAAGAGCCGAGGAGAUUGUCCAAGUGCUUCGGGGCAAUCCACAAUAGUAGUUAGUUGUACCUUUGAAAAAGAAAAAAGAAAAAAGAAAAUGGAUGAUUCAUAAAGCAUUUUUGGGAUGUGAAAUACCAAUGUGUCUCAUUCUCUGAUUUAUAUUUUCAAACUGAAGAAAAGAGCAUCUUGGAGUAUUUGAAUUCAAUGUAUUUAUCUUUCUGUAGAGGUCUCUUGCUAUGGCCUUCGUGUUCUUA